GCCGCUAGCCCUUUAAGCCUUUAUAUUUCACAAAAUGUACCAAAUAAAAGUCAACCGAGGCACAAGGACAAAAAUGUAAAUUUACCCCUCCUCCACCCCGUGCGCGCUCUAUAUAAAUGACCCCAUUAAACUUUCAGAUCGAACCCAUUUUCGUAAAUAUCUCCCAUCUCAUCUUCUUCCCCGCACCUCCCCCUUCCCUCUCUCUCUCUAACACACACUCAGGCACCUAGAGAGAGAAUGGGCGGCCAGAAGUUCGCCGUCCUCCUGUGCGCCGACGAUUCCGACUACGUGAAGAAGAUCUACGGCGGCUACUUCGGCGUUUUCGUGAGGAUGCUGAGGGAAGAAGGCGAGGAGUGGGACGUUUUCCGGGUUGCGCGCGGCGAGUUUCCGGACGACGGAGAUAUCGCCGCCUACGACGGAUUCGUGAUCACCGGCAGCUGCAACGACGCCCACGGCAACGAUCUAUGGGUCUGCAGGCUCCUCAUCCUUCUCAAUCGAUUGGAUGCCAUGAAAAAGAAGGUCCUCGGCAUUUGCUUCGGUCAUCAGAUACUCGGACGAGCUCUCGGAGGCAAGAUAGGGCGAGCCAGCGGCGGAUGGGACAUUGGAAUCACCAAAGUUCAUUUGUUUCCAUCACCCAUUUUCACUUCCUUACACAUGCCUGAUUCCCUCUCUGUCAUCGAAUGCCAUAGGGACGAGGUAUGGGAGCUUCCCGCCAAAGCAGAGGUGCUGGCAUGGUCCGACAAAACUGGAGUCGAGAUGUUUAGGUACGGAAGUCAUAUAAUGGGCAUCCAAGGUCAUCCCGAGUACACAAAAGACAUCCUCUCGAACCUCAUUGACCGUCUACUUAACCGUGAACUCAUUGAGGAAGAAACUGCCGAGGAGGCCAAGAGUAAGAUGGAGGGCGGUGAGCCAGAUAGAGAAGCUUGGAAGAAACUGUGCACCGGCUUUCUCAAAGGAAAGUUGUGAUGGUAAAGAAAUCGAUAUCUUGAAGGAUUUAGGAAGUGUAAAUAUAAAUUAUGUUGGGUUGUGUGGCUGAAAUAUAUGGAUCUCUAAAGAACUGUGCUUAAUUACGGACACAACUAAAAGAACACCAUUUUUCGUGUACUCGAAAUAAUCGUGCUUGGACGAUGUCAGUAUCUUUCAUCUCAUUCUUAGGAUCUUUGACCUGCGGCAACAUUAACUCAAAGAGACUCCAAAGCUUUAUUAGAUUCUUACACAUUUGUUGUAUUGUUAAGAAAAAUGAGGGCAUACAUGCAUGUUUGGAUAAACAGAUUAUACUUGCCCCUCCUGUUUUAUUUCUCAGCUGUUAGGUUUAUAUAAUUUAGACAAUCUGCUUUAAUCAUAUUAUGUCAACACAACCAUAUCAGUUAAAUCUGAUUUAAUUACAGAAUUUGAAGUGUUCGCGUUGAUCUCUGUAUGGUUAAG